AUGUCUUCAAAAUCUAUCUUGGAAAUUUCAAUUUCUGCUGCUGUCCUCGUUGGCUCUUAUUAUUAUUUACCUGAUAAAUUCCCUGCAGUUGUAGCUUUUGUAGUUGGUUCUUGGAUCAAACAUCUUUAUUUUGAUAAAAAAAAACAAGUUCUUGAUCCCGAAAAAUGGCAAGAAUUCCCUCUUAUUGAGAAAAUCAAAAUUAGCCAUGAUGUAGCGUUAUACCGAUUUGGACUUCCUAAACCUGAUGAUCAUAUUUCAGUUCAAGCUGAAAUUGAUGGUAAACUUAUUUCAAGAAGCUAUACACCAACUAGUUCUGAUGAUGAUAUAGGACAUUUUGAUUUAGUCAUAAAGUCAUAUCCUAGUGGAAAUUUAUCCAGAUAUUUUGGAGAAGAACUCGUAGUUGGGCAAAAAGUCUCUGUUAAAGGACCAAAGGGACAAUUUAAAUAUACCCCCGGUUUAGUUAGAGCUUUUGGAAUGAUUGCCGGUGGUACUGGUAUAACACCAAUGUUACAGAUUAUCCGAGCUAUAACUAAAAAUCCUAAUGACAAAACGAUAGUUAGUUUAAUUUUUGCAAAUCAAACGGAGAAAGAUAUUUUAUUAAAGGAGGAUUUAGAUGACCUUGCAGCAAAACACGAUAAUUUUACAGUAUUUUAUACUUUGGAUAGACCACAGCCAGGUUGGACUGGAGGAUCCGGAUUUGUCACUCCCGAAAUCAUAAAAAAGGUUUGCCCACCUCCAGCUGAUGAUGUAAAAAUUUUGUUAUGUGGUCCAAAUCCCAUGGUAUCAGCCAUGGCAAAACAUUGCGAAUCAUUAGGUUACAAGAAAGCUAGAACUAUCUCUAAAUUGGAGGACCAAGUCUUUAAAUUCUAA